AUGUCCCUUCUGGACUACUGGGAUACGAAACGUCCAUCUGUAAAGCGCCGCAGACUUUCACAGGAAGUUUUAACUCCAGAAUCAAAGUCUAUCCGCGACAGCAGGAAGGGAACCGCGGACUUACCCUCAGACGAAACGCCGAAGGCCAAAGACGAGGACACGAAAACGACACCUGCCGAGUUCGCCGACGACGUAUCCUUGAAGAAUGAUGAAGAUGCCGUCCCUAAUAGCCAAACAGAGCUCGAGUCCGCUCUUCCCACCGUCGAAACCGAUACCCACGCGAUAGAAGAAUACGAGUCUUCGCAACGAGCGAAGGAAGAUGAGGAAGAGGAAUUGUCCUUACAGGAGCGGAUGCGGGACGGGAAAUGGCGCAAGGGAAAGAGCUCGAUAUACGUGGAUGCAUUCAAUCUUGCGCUGGAUACUGUUCUAGCCGAGGAGGCGCAUCUGUUCAAUGAAGCGGAGAAGGAGAUAUUCCAGCAUUGGAGGGGGCUGCCGUAUGAGUCGCAGUACUUAUACGUCCGUUUGUUCCUCCGCAAGACCUCCGCAUGGCAUCGUGUUGGUAGACUAGGUUACUACUCGGACAUUGCCGACAUCCCGCAAGUAGUAGCAGACCUGCAGAAGACUAGAGCAUUGUCUACCCCUCUGUCUACUGAUGAAGAAGACGACGCAUCCGAUGCCUCAUCAGCAACUGAAUCUGGCUCAAGUGGCGGGUUCCGCUUCGCAGACACCAUUGAUCGGAUUACUACUGUGGAAGAGGCGUCUUCCUUGCUUCUGCUAGACGAAUUGAAGGCCCUUGCAAGAGAGGCCAAGAUACAAGGGAAAAGCAAGCAAGAUCUCAUCACAGCAUUGCGCGAGACAAGCCAGAAGCAGACUGGAUUGGGAUGGAACAGCACUGCCCACUCAUCAGGCGCCAACCGGAAAGUGCAUUUUCUAAACAAGAUCCUGGAAUACACAGGUGACUGUGUUAGACUUGCAUCUGACCCCUGUGCACUGUUUGAGCGUGUUCAUUUGGUGUUUUAUAGGUCGACAGAGUGGACGGAGAAAUCACUGACCACCAUUAUUCUUGCGAAGAUCUCUCGCAGGAACUUUCCCGAGUAUGUCGUCUGUCGCUCUAGCUCGAUCUUUCCGUCAAGGGAGAUCUUGCUAGAAUUUGAAUCUGCACUCCGCACUCAGUUCAGAAUCGACAAUGUGCUCGAGUUUAGCGGGACACCUACGAGAGAGCGAUUAGAAGAGAUAAAAUAUCUCGCAUACAAGGUCUAUCCACGUUGGAGGGCCCUCCUCGAGCAAGAGCAACAAAAGGAGGAUACAAUCUAUGAAUCUGGAGAAGGAGCAUACCUACGGCGCUUCUCACCGGCUUGGGUAUAUACUCGAAUCCUACACAAGGGGCUUUAUCCACUUGGCCGAUUUAAAGAGCACAAAGAAGAACACAGGAUUCUAUCCGAACUACUUGCCCAGCGGCUAUUUCAUCCCGCGCGGCGCGGCGCUUGGUAUCAACGCAAGGCCUUAGUAGAAGAACACUACAUGUGGGCUUUGAUGCCCUCGGAGGAACGCAGCGAAGAAGCACAAAAGAAGUACUGGAGACGCAUUGCGUUGCGUACAUGCGAAGAAGGCCUCGAAGACCCGUCAUGCCACCUGAUCUACCACUACGACCUCCAAAAGCGCAUCCGCAAACUCGAGAAGGCACUCAAGGUUGUGAAGCGAGAACAGCACGACUUUGGACAUGUCACACUUACCAAGCCCGAAGAACGCACCGUCGAGGGAAUCCGUAUUGAGCGCGAGGAGUCACCCGUCCGAAACGGUCCCGUCAACAACGAUGAUACCCCGACGCCCAAACGCAGCGGUCCCACCAUCUGGCUCGACGAGCGUGAAGAUGGAGCCGAGUGUCGAGUCGAAGACAUGUGUCUGAGCUGGUAUCGUGACCAGGGCUGGAAAGGGUACCACUCCGAGGGUGGAAUUAUUCGUACCCUGUUCGGCUACCUCUUCUACGACAUCCUCUUCACCUACGUCCCGAACGUCUUCCAAACAAUCUUCCAAACCUGCCCGCUGGACCUGCACACAGACGCCUUCUACCCAUCCCGCGCCUCGGAGAUAAACCACCGCCUCGUCCAAAUCACAAACGGCGAAGCGCCCGACCUGAUUCGCACCAUCCACACGCAACACGCCGCGCGGCAGCCCUGCGCCAUCGGCAUCGAUUGGUCCUUCGAGCUAGACGACCUGCUCGAGAUUGCGACGUGUUUCUCCGGCGAAGCCCUCGCGACCAUAUGCAAGAUCAUGGCGCAGGAGUAUCAGGCGCGUGGUGGUGGAGUGCCGGAUUUGUUGCUUUGGAGGACGGAUACGAGCGAGGUUUGCUUUGUUGAGGUUAAGAGUGAGAAUGAUCGGUUGAGUGAUACUCAGAGGCUGUGGAUUCAUGUGCUUUUGGGGGCUGGAGUGAAGGUUGAGCUUUGUAAUGCUGUUGCGAGGGAGGUUAGGGUUCGAUAG